CUGCUGCCACAUUCUGGGCGUGAGCACCUGAGCCCGGCCGCCGCCGCCGUCCCGCGCCGCGCUUGACGCCACCCGGAGAGAUCGGGCACUUGGCUUCUUGGAUUUGCCGCAUCGCCCUCUCCUGACCCUCGGAAUCGCCAUGGCCCAGGUUCUCAGAGGCACCGUGAGUGACUUCCCUGGAUUUGAUGAUCGGGCUGAUGCCGAAACUCUCCGGAAGGCCAUGAAAGGCCUGGGCACGGAUGAGGAGAGCAUCCUGACUCUGCUGACAUCAAGAAGCAAUGCUCAGCGCCAGGAAAUCGCUGAGGCCUUCAAAACACUAUUUGGUCGGGACCUUUUGGACGACCUGAAAUCAGAGCUGACUGGAAAGUUUGAAAAAUUAAUUGUGGCUCUGAUGAAACCUGCCCGGCUUUAUGAUGCCUACGAGCUGAAGCAUGCGCUGAAGGGAGCUGGGACAGAUGAAAAAGUUUUGACAGAAAUUAUUGCUUCAAGGACACCUGAGCAACUCAGAGUCAUCAAACAGGUUUAUGAAGAAGAAUACGGCUCCAGCCUGGAGGACGACGUGGUGGGGGACACCUCGGGGUACUACCAGAGGAUGCUGGUGGUUCUCUUGCAGGCUAAUAGAGACCCCGAUACAGCCAUCGACGAGGCGCAGGUAGAACAGGAUGCUCAGGCUUUGUUCCAGGCUGGAGAGCUCAAGUGGGGGACAGAUGAAGAGAAGUUUAUCACCAUCUUUGGAACUCGGAGUGUGUCUCAUCUGAGAAGGGUGUUCGACAAAUACAUGACUAUAUCAGGAUUUCAGAUUGAGGAAACCAUUGACCGAGAGACUUCUGGCAAUUUGGAGCAACUACUCUUGGCUGUUGUGAAAUCCAUUCGAAGCAUACCUGCCUACCUUGCGGAGACACUCUACUACGCUAUGAAGGGCGCUGGGACGGAUGACCACACCCUAAUCAGAGUCGUGGUAUCCAGAAGCGAGAUCGACCUGUUCAACAUCAGGAAGGAGUUCAGGAAGAACUUCGCCACUUCUCUUUACUCCAUGAUUAAGGGCGACACUUCUGGGGACUAUAAGAAAGCCCUGCUGCUCCUGUGUGGAGGAGAAGAUGACUGAGGGCCGCAGGGGAGCCUCGGAUGCCUCGCCUUCGCUGCAACCCGCCUGCCUCACAGCCAGCCGCUCUUCUCAUAUCCAGUGCCUGAUGCACCCUGCCUUAGUCACAGCCGCCAGCUAAUGACCAAACCCGCCAUCAAGUCUUGUCCUAGAGGUGCUUCCCUCUGACCUUCCUUCUGGGUCUUUCUGUCUUUUUUUGUUGUCUUGAAGUGUACUUUAAAUUACUAGGCCUCAUGUUUGAUUUGUUAUUUUCCAGAAGAGGUCAGACGGCUUUUGCUUUUUUUUAAAGAAAUAAUAAAUAGCUUCAUUUAUUUUCAGUUGA